AUGACACUGUGCCAAAGCGAGACAAGGAGGAAACAGCGGCGGGUCCACGGACUGCAGAUGCCGUGGCACCCGCAGCAAGUGGCCGGUUGGCUGGUACUGGCUAUUUUCGGCGCCUGUUCAUUCGGCGUCCUGCUGCCUGGCCUCGGGCCUGACGUCUACCCAGUCGCACUGUUCGUGUUGGGCAGUCUGUUCUUCUUGCAUGUCGUGUCGCACGUGGCUGCGCUGCUCAUCGAUCCCGCGGACCCACAGCUCCGUGCGAGAGACAGCGGGGAAUCGUCGCAGAAACCCGUCCCCGAGCUGGACAAGACCAAACACGCGCACGUUAUCGAGAACGGCAAGUGUCACCUGUGCAAUAUAUACACGUCUGGCCACCGGACCAAGCACUGCGGAUCGUGCAAUAAGUGUGUGGAGAAGUUUGACCAUCAUUGCAAGUGGCUGAACCACUGUAUCGGUGCUAGAAACUACGUGGCGUUCAUCGUGAGCGUCGUGUCGGCUGUGCUCGCGUGCCUGGUGAUCGUGCUGGUGUCGUCUGCUGAGCUGGUCAUAUACAAUUCGGACCCGGAACACGUCGAACAAUACCUGCGACCGAUGUUCGGCAGCAAUCAAACCAUCCAGGUGAACCAGUUGUUCAGUGUCAGUCGACUUUCGGUAGACCGGAACGUAUUCGUGGCUGUCGCAUCUGCCCAGUGCGCCUUGGCCCUGGUCGCCAUGGUGCUGCUACUGCACCUGUGCGUGUUCCACGUGUACAUAUCCGCACUAGGCAUCACCACGUACGAGUAUAUCCGUAAUUACAGGCGAUACCCAGAGUUCGAUUCCAGGAAUGGCGCGGCUGCGUUGUCGUCGUCGUCAUCCCUGUCCGACAAUCACGGCGCGAUGUCUUCGGGUUCCUGUAAGAACGCAGCGGGCCGGAAGUCCGCUAUGGCCAAGGUGUACGCUUCAGCGUGUUGUUACGGCGCGGUUACUGCGGGCCGGCAUAAACGGCCGUCGUGCGGCAUCCACUCGAACCUUAAUGGCGCAGGCCGGAACGACCAGGAUGGCGCUAGCCACGACGACAUGACCGUUGAGACGGUUGAAUCGUACGGUCGCAGCGGGGCCAGUAGACUGCUGAACCCGAAGGACUUGGACCGGACAAGACCGGAGGACCGCGAUCAGCAGAACCCUCAACCAAAGUGCCGGUACUGUCUGGAGAAGAACAGGAUCCGAGGCGAUGGAGCACGAUUUUUCGUGUUAGGCAAACGCCGAAAAGGGUUCUGCUGCUGCUUCCAGAAACCCGAGCCAGUAUUUGGUCGAAGUGCCGUCCCCGCCGCUGCCGUGCAGCACGUCAAGGUUCCACCAUCGCCGUUCGCGGUCCGCCGGAACCGUGUCAUACCCGCCGACAGUGGUCAGUUGUCGUUGGUUGUCGACGAGUGGAAAUCGUUCAACUCGGGUUCACUCCCAGCUCUGCCACACGCGGCCGGCCACCGUCAGAUGCAAAAGAUCACGCUCAAGGAGCUAGGUCAGGUAUUGGCGUUCGUUGAACAACAACCUUCGAAAACGAAGCGGCGCAAGAUUGGCAGCGGAAACGGGCAGAUAAAACACUCCAAGUCGUCGUCCAACCUGUCGCCGAUUCACGAGUCCGGACUGUCCAACCCGUCGACGCCGCAACUGAAAAACCGUUACCCGCAGACCAGGCCGUGCAGUUGGCUGUCGUCGUCGUCACCACCGUCUUCCUCCCCGCACAACACUUCUAAAAGCGCGUGA